UAGCAACGGCUCUGCACUGAGGCUGUCGCGCAGUCACUCCGUGAAUGCAUCAGAGCAAUUCACUGCAGUAGCAAGAUAUGCUAUCAGCAACUAACAAUAACCUGGGCAAGAAAGGAUUCCUGAAAACAAUUUAGAGAAAAUGGAAAAUCUGCCGAAAACAUAUGAAGAAUUUUUGCAAUUUCAAGAUCUGGAAGAUUGGCCACAGUUACUUCCCGAUGAAGAACAUUUUAACAUGAAUAUUCAGCCUGACACAUUUACUUCAUAUGAAUCACUAUCACAAUAUAUUCAUGAACAUGUACCUUUCCGGAUGGAGCUUCUCAUUAACAUGAGGCAAAGAAUUGAUGAGUUUGUAUCGCACUUAGAAAAAUAUUCUUCAAAGAUCCUGCCAGCUGAGCCCAGGAAAUCCAAGACCAAAGAUCAUCUUUUCUAUUUACCAACAGAGACUGUUAUUAGGCAAAUGAAGGACUCUGAUGCAUUACUUGCACAUCCCAGUAGAAAGCUUUCAGAAGAACUUUAUAUUGCACACAAGAGCAAGACCGUGGAGUCUCAAACUUUUCCAGGCUUCAAGCCAUUGGAGUUUACAGAGCUUCCUGGACAACUGGAAGCAAUGCAAUUGCUAAACUGGUUUAGAAAGACGCAGAAGUUUAACCUUGGAUUUCAAACUACCUGGAAGAAGUUAAUUCUGUCAGAACCAUCUGCGGCCAUUCUUCAAGAUGCAUUUUGGUGGUUCUUCCUUUACAAAUUUAAGCCUUCCAGAGAAGAUCAAGAUUACCUAUUUAGCAGAAUUGCUGACAGCUUUGUGACACUUCUCAUGAUUGCCCCUGUUGAGGUGCUAGAUAUGUUUUUCCAGGUGUAUCCUGAUUGUAUAUCUCAAGCCAUUUUUGCAGUUUUCUACAAAUCUUUCCCAGAAUCUCAUAACAAGUUUGGUGAUGAAUUUAAGAGUGAGCUAACUGAACUCAUCUCAUUAUGGAUGACAGGGCUAAAGCCAGAAGAAUUUUCCUGGAGAAAAUGGAAUUUGCAAUGGCUAGAAAAGUCAAUGAGUAAGAGAGGUCCUGAAAGAAAAGAAAACAUUCUGGCAGAAAUAGACCUCAAAGCAACCACAUUCAAUUUCAGAUUUGACCUGGAUGAGGAACUAACAAAUGACGGUAAUCUGAAAAAGAGAGAUCCAUCAAGUCUAAACCCCUCGGCUACAUUUCGUAAGAUCGAGUCAUCUUAUGCUGGCCGAGGCCCAGAAUUCAGACAUAUCCUUUUCAGAUUUUCUGGUCGAAGCCCUUUGGUUGCUCACUUCCUCAAUAUGAAGAAGAUAAUGGGUAGAAGUUUAGGCACCAUGGGACCAAGCCUGAGACAUACUGAAAUUUCCAAAGAUCCAUAUCCUUUUACUGUAUUGAGUUGA